AUGGAAAAAAAAGAAAAUAAACUUAUACCAACAAUAUAUGGUUUUGAGGCAAAUUAUAUUAAACUAACUUCUUAUGAUAAUCAACAUUAUUUUAUUAAACGCGAUAUAGCUGAACAAAGUAAUACAAUAAAACAAAUAUUAUCAUCAGCCCAUAGUUGUACAUCCAAUGAUAAACUUGAAAUUCGAUUAACAGAUAUUGAUAGCAAAACCCUCGGAGUUAUAUGUAGAUAUUUAACGUAUAAAAUGGUUUAUGAUCAUACAACAUCUUCAUCUGUACCAGAUUUUGAAUUUUCUGAUGAUUUACGAUUUAAUGUAUUACAUGCUGCUAACUUUCUUGACAUUUGA